GAGCUGGCCACUGACACAGACUCCAUCCGCGCUGACUGAUGCUCAACGACCCCUGAAUGCGCAUUUAUAUCUUGCAGGUAUUUUGUUUUACGCGCAUGCAAAAUGAAGGCUUUUAUUUCCACAGUGACAGUGUUGUGGCUGAUAACAAUACCCUGCAUGGAAGCUAUCCACGGAUUGUACAAUUUCGGCCAGCAUGAAUUAUUCUACAAAAAGAACAACUGCAAGCCGAUUCCUGCAAACCUCCUCCUGUGCCACGACAUAGAGUACACAGAGAUGCGCCUCCCGAACCUGCUCGGACACGAAACCAUGAAUGAAGUUCUGCAGCAAGCCUCGUCUUGGAUCCCGCUGGUUCAGAAGCAAUGUCACCCCGACACAAGAAAGUUCCUGUGCUCCCUUUUCGCUCCCGUCUGUCUGGACGAUUUGGACGAGCCCAUACAGCCGUGCAGGUCUCUGUGCGAGAACGUCAGGAACGGCUGCGCGCCCGUGAUGUCCGCGUUUGGCUUCCCUUGGCCAAAGAUGUUGGACUGCGACCGUUUCCCACUCGACAACGACCUGUGCAUACCGCCUGCAGCCAUGGACAGCUUCGUGCCAGUCACCAAAGAAGUGCCCAGAGUGUGCGAUGCUUGCAGGGAAACGGAUGAAAAUGACAACGAAAUAGUUGACAACCUGUGUAAGAAUGACUUUGCUCUGAAGAUCAAAGUUAAGGAGAUCUCCUACAUCAAUGGUGACACCAAGAUCGUGCCGGAGAACAAGAGCAAGACCAUUUACAAGAUGAACGGCGUGACAGAGCGUGAGCUGAGGAAGAUGGAGCUGUGGCUGAAGGACGGCCUGCAGUGCAUCUGUGAGGAGAUGAACGACAUCCACGCUGCCUACCUGGUCAUGGGCCAGAAGAUGGACGGCCAUCUGGUCAUCACCUCGCUGAAGCGCUGGCAGAAGGGACAGCGAGAGUUCAAGAGGAUUUCCCGCAGCAUUCGCAAGCUGCAGUGCUAGGAAGGGGGGAAACGAAACAAAAAAACUGCAUGUGUCACUGUUGAAGAAAAAGUUUAGUUGAGCUCUUUCCAAUGAUCCCCUUGCAGUUGUCACACAGGUUUGCGAUUAUAGUUCCUAGAUUGCUCUCUAGA